UGCCAGAAGGUGAAGAGGCAGACGAGGCAGGUGGAUGGAAGUGUGUUCUUGCUAAAGGCGUGUUGACAGCCACAUCGUUUAUGAUUUUUAGACACGCUUUCCACAGCUCAGAGGGACACCCAGCCUACACGAUGCGCCACAUUCAGACUGGCGGCUGCACGGAAAAUGGUGGCGCUUAAUUCAACGGCCGGCUGAUAACCACUCCUUUCAUUAUUUCCCCCUUUAUUCUGUAGCCUCUGGACUAGGGUAGCUAUUCGCGGCGUUUGAUCAUGAAUCCUGCAGAACAGACGGUUACAUGGCUCAUAACGCUCGGCGUAAUGGAGUCGCCGAAGAAGAGCGUGUCGGACCCGGCCGCGUUUCUGCAGUGCGCGCUGAAGGACGGAGUCGUGCUCUGCAGGCUGAUCGAGCGCCUGCGCCCCGGUACCACCGAGCAAGUUUUCCAGGAGCCCAAGAACGACAGCGAGUGUGUGAGCAACAUAAAGGAGUUCCUGAAAGGCUGCACUGCGUUUCGUGUCGAGCCGUUUGAGGCAAGUGACCUGCUGCAAGGCCAGAACUUCAACAAAGUUCUCACCACAUUGGUGGCACUGAACAAAGUGACUGCAGAUAUUGGCAUUGGCAGUGAUUCUGUAUGCACCCGUCACUCUACCGCUCAUCGCAUCAAGUCCUUUGAAUCUCUGGUCUCGCAGACCUCACUGGGCCGAUCGUCCAAGCUCCUCCAUAACCAGUUCCGAAGCCUGGAUAUGACCGAGAAUAGUAACACUCAGUUGGUGGUGAAAGCUCGCUUCAACUUCCAGCAGACCAAUGAGGAUGAGCUUUCCUUCACCAAGGGUGACAUCAUCACGGUCACCCGUAUGGAGGAGGGGGGAUGGUGGGAGGGCAACUUCAAUGGAAAGACUGGCUGGUUUCCGAGCAACUAUGUCAGAGAGGUCAAAGGUUGUGACAAACAAGUUUCCCCCAAAUCUGGAACACUUAAAAGCCCCCCGAAAGGUUUUGACACCACUGCCCUUAGCAAAACCUACUACAACCUGGUGCUACAGAACAUUUUGGAAACGGAGACGGAGUACUCAAAAGAGCUUCAGAAUCUUCUGACCAACUACCUGAGGCCACUUCAGAACACAGAAAAACUUAGCUCUGCAGACAUCACUGUCAUCAUGGGGAACCUGGAGGAAAUCAGCACCUUCCAACAAACUCUUGUCCAGUCACUAGAGGACUGCACUAAACUUCCAGAGCUGCAACAGAAAGUUGGGGGCUUUUUCUUAAACCUUAUGCCCAAAAUGAGAGCAUUGUAUACGGGUUACUGCUCAAACCAUCCAUCAGCUGUUAACAUUCUGACUGAUCACAGUGAAGAGCUAGGAGACUUCAUGGAGAGUAGAGGAGCAAGUUCUCCAGGCAUCCUCACACUGACCACAGGCCUUAGCAAACCGUUCAUGAGACUAGACAAAUACCCAACUUUACUGAAAGAACUGGAGAGACACAUGGAGGAGGGUCAUCCAGAUCGGCUUGAAAUUCAAAAGUGCAUGACCGCAUUCAAAAAUCUUUCUGCCCAGUGUCAGGAGGUGCGGAAACGGAAGGAGCUGGAGCUGCAAAUUCUCACAGAAUCCGUUCGUUUGUGGGAGGGUGAAGACAUCAAGACUUUUGGCUCUGUGAUCUACAUGAGCCAAGCAAUGGUACAGAACCAAGGCUGUGAGGAAAGGAAUGAACGUUACCUCAUGCUGUUCCCUCAUGUUCUGCUUAUCCUCUCGGCCAGCCCAAGGAUGAGUGGCUUCAUCUACCAGGGCAAGCUGCCUUUGAGUGGAAUGACAGUAACUCCUUUAGAGGACUGUGAAAGCCACAAAAAUGCUUUUGAGCUCUCCGGUUGCAUGUUUGAGAGGCUGCAGGUUAUCUGCUUUAAUAAGCACGAUCAACAGGAUUGGCUGGAGCACCUUAACCGUCAGACCAAACACACCACCAUGACGGCCUCAAGCAUGAAGCCACUCACAGUCCCUUGCCACACGCUCCCAUCCCACCCUCUAACUCCAUCCAGGCACGCAGAGAGCCGAGGCCUGACCGUGGCUCCUGCCUACCACACGCUCCCUCACUCCUCCUCUCAUGGAGCUCCACACAGCACUGUAAUGUGGGGGCCUCUGGAACCUCCCAAAACCCAGAAACCUUGGAGUCUGAGUUGCCUGAGGCCAGCACCCCCACUCAGACCAUCAGCUGCCCUCUGCUAUAAAGAGGAUCUCAGUAAAAGCCCCAAAAGUAUGAAGAAGCUGCUGCCCAAACGGAAACCUGAAAGGAAGCCGUCUGAUGAGGAGUUUGCGUUGAGGAAAAGUACCGUAGCACUGGAAGAGGAUGCUCAGAUCCUGAAAGUGAUUGAGGCGUACUGUACGAGUGCCAAAACCCGACAGACUCUCAACUCAACAUGGCAGGGCACUGAUCUGAUGCAUAACCACGUGUUGGAUCAGUCGAGCAUGGAGUGCAUGGGCCGUCGCAGCAGCAUCUCUCGUCCAGAGGGCAGCUCGGACCUUUCAGAGGACUCGGACUAUGACAGUAUAUGGACGGCUCACUCUUACAGGAUGGGGCCGGUUUCCCGACAGAGGAGAGACACUGCUCCAGCACUGAUCCUGCCGGCGGAGGAGAAGAUAAUCCUGGAGGAGAUCAAAAGCAACGGACAGACUGUUAUAGAAGAGAAGAAUCUCAUGGAUGUUGUUUAUUCACUAAGACAUGAAGUCCAAGAACUUAAACAGGACGGUAAGAAAAUGAAACGAUCUCUGGAAGAGGAGCAGCGAGCUCGUAAAGAUCUGGAGAGAAUUGUACGGAAGGUUCUAAAGAAUAUGAAUGACCCAUCUUGGGAUGAGACCAAUUUGUGAGAUCAUGAGCGAGAGAGCAUCAUACAGGUUUGGCAGCAUUUGUCAGGAUUUCAAAUGUUAUAUUUCCAGUGGAUUUGGAACCAGCUCUGCUUAUAAAUUCAGAUCAACACUCUCAGCUCUCGGCGUUAUCUUGUAAUUAGUGCACUUGCGUCUCACUGCAGUCUCUUAAGUUGACAUGCAGAUGCUUUAUAUCGAGAAUCAACGUUGUGUGACUAGAAGUUUGUGGACACCUGACCAUUCACACUCGUAUAUGCUAUUUGGACAGCCCAUUAUAAUAACUUUAAGAACGACUUCCACGCUUCUGUUAAGCCUUUCCACUAGAUUUUGGAGCAUGGCUUUGGGGAUUUACCCAUUCAGCCACAAGAGCAUUAGUGAGGUCAGGCACUGACGUCUGGUGAGGAGGACUGAUGCGCAGUCCAAGUGCCAGUUCAUCCCAACGGUGUUCAGUGGGUUGAGGACACCGCUCUGUACAGGCCAGUGGAGUUCUUUCAUGCCAACAUCGGCAAACCGUGUCUUCAUGGAGCGCAAUUCGUGCACUGUCAUGCUGGAUCAUGUUUGGGCCUCUUGGUUCCAGUGAAGAGAAAUUCUAACGCUCCAGUAUAGAAACAAAGACAUCCUAUACAGUUGUGUGCUUCCAGCAUUGUGACAAAAGUCUGCGGAAGAACCACAUACGUGUGUGACAGUCAGGUGUCCACAAACCUUUGGCAAUAUAGUGUACUUUUUCAGCUCUGAACUUAAAAAAAAAACAAAAACAAAAAAAAAGAAGACCCAAAAUAUAAAUGAGUUAGCGGUAGCCCAUCUCUAUUGCUGCAGCAUAUUUUAUUUAUGACCAAUGACUACAGUAAAGGCUUCUUAAAAUGAAUCCCUCUGGUAAUAUGUUUGCAACUAGUUAUUGACCGAUUGUGUUGGAAAUUGAGAUUUAAUUACAUUUGCACAAUUCCUCUCUAACUUUUAAUACAAAUUCCAAAUAGUUGAUUUCAGGCCAUUACUCAGUGGAAUCAUGUAAAUUAACUAAUGGGUGUCAGUUUUCUUCUAAGAACUACUUGGACCUUACAACUGACAUGACCGUGCAACUGUGUGAUUCUAGACGAACUCUUCCUGGCUUACUUCAGCCACUAUAAUGACGUAGGAAACCUCACUGAGAAUUGUACAUAGUACUGCUGUGCAUUGUUUUAACUGUAAACUUGUGUUGUAAACAUACUCCAUAUGUGUCAUUUGUAAAUAUUCCAGAGCUAUGGUACUUAUUCCAAACGUCCAGUUUUCCUCUCACGGAAGUAAACCGUAUAACGACUAAUUCGGCCAGGUUUCACCACACCCCACUAUAUCAUAAAUACAAACAAACUUUUCAAAAGUUACGCGUGUUUAUGUUAGGGUUUUUCAAAUAGUGUAGUAAAAAUGUUAGCAACCACCGUAUUACUAAAAGUGUUAAAAACACGAUUCUACACUACAUGUAGCUGCACUUGACUCUCAAGUCUCAAGACUCUCUAUGUGUGGACUGAUCUUUCUGUGAGUCCUCGAGCACCGAGGACCAUCAGGACAGGAAUUACCUCACUAGUACACUUUCAGGGUAUUUACUGAUGACCCUUAACCUCCACAUGACUCAUUGUCAUUGUAAAUUCUGUAAAUAAAGACGUUUUCUUAAGA